UCUUCCCCGUGCACCGCACCCUAUCCUUCUCUCCCCUCCCCACUGCUCCAUCUCACUCCGCCGGGGCUCUCCCGCCCCCGACCACCGCACCGCCAAGCCCAGCGGCGCGCCACCACACUGCGCGCCCCGCCAUGGCGGCCGCCGCCGCGGCGCUCGCGAGCUCGCCCCUCGUCCACCUCACCGCCGCUGCCCGCCUCCGCCUCCCCAGGCCCAGGCCCUCCCCCGCGGCCUCCUCGCGGUGGGGGUACCCGCGAGGCGCCUACCUGGACUGGAGGCCCCUGAGGCGGUGCGACCGGAUGCGGCGCUUCUCCGUCGACGAGGGCGGCGGGGGCGGGGAGGACGGGGAGAAGCGGGGCGAGGAGGAGGCCGCAGCGCCCGUGGAAGCCAAGGUGGGGGCCGCGGAGGAGCUGGGCUCGGAGCGGAGCCGCUCGGGAAGCUUCUCUUCCUCGUCAUCGCCAUCCUCUGCGACUCCUGGUGUAUCAAGCGAGCCUCCUCUUUUGAGCUUCAGUGUGGAUAAUAUCGAUACAGUUAAGUUAUUGGAACUCCUAGGCCCAGAAAAGGUUGAUCAAGCUGAUGUCAAGGCUAUCAAAGAGAAGUUUUUUGGCUACACAACAUUCUGGUUGACAAGAGAAGAACCUUUUGGUGAUCUUGGGGAAGGAGUCCUUUUUGUUGGGAAUCUCCGAGGGGACAGAGAGGAAAUCUUUGGAAAACUUCAGCGGCAGCUACGUGAACUUACAGGUGACAAAUAUAAUCUUUUCAUGGUGGAGGAGCCCAAUUCAGAAGAGGAUGACCCACGCGGGGGACCACGUGUUAGUUUUGGUUUGCUUAGAAGAGAAGUUUCUGAGCCUGGACCUACUACCCUGUGGCAAUACGUUAUUUCACUGUUACUUUUCCUUCUCACUGUGUUCUCCUGUAUUGAGCUAGGAAUUGCAUCAAAGAUAAGCAGUCUUCCACCAGACAUUGUUUCAUAUUUCACUGAUCCAAAUGCUACUGGACCCCCACCUGACAUGCAACUUUUACUUCCAUUCGUGGAAUCUGCUCUGCCAGUGGCUUAUGGCGUCUUGGCUAUCCAACUAUUUCAUGAAGUUGGACACUUUUUGGCAGCAUACCCAAAGAAUGUGAAACUGGGCAUUCCUUUCUUCAUUCCAAACUUCACUCUUGGAACUUUUGGUUCAAUUACUCAGUUCAAAUCCAUUCUACCAGAUCGAAAGACAAUGUUUGACGUAUCAAUGGCUGGUCCUUUGGCUGGAGCUGCACUUUCUUUUUCGAUGUUCUCUGUAGGCUUGUGGCUCUCCUCAAAUCCUGCCGGGGCAACUGAUUUAGUUCAAGUACCCAGCAAUCUGUUCCAGGGUUCUUUGUUGCUUGGACUUAUUAGCAGAGCAAUACUUGGUUACAGUGCUCUGCAUGCUGCUACGGUUUCUAUCCACCCUCUUGUGAUCGCUGGCUGGUGUGGUUUAACAACUACUGCCUUCAAUAUGCUUCCUGUUGGAUGUCUUGACGGUGGAAGAGGUUUACAGGGUGCUUUCGGUAAGGAUGCUUUAUUUGGAUUUGGCUUGACGACUUAUUCGUUGCUUGGACUUGGAGUGGUACCUGGGGGUCCGCUGUCUCUUCCUUGGGGCCUAUACGUGCUACUAUGCCAGAGAACACCUGAGAAGCCAUGCUUGGACGACGUGAGCGACGUCGGCACCUGGAGGAGGGGCGCCCUGAUAGCGUCGGUGUUCCUCGUCGUGCUGAUCCUCAUCCCCCUGUGGGACGAGCUCGCGGAGGACCUAGGUGUAGGACUUGUCAGCUCGUUCUGAGACACAAAAGUGUUUUACCGGUAGAAAGCUAGGCCAUGAUGCAGGUCAAUUUUGCGCCUGAAUUUAGCAAAGCGACAGCGAAAUCGUUGUAAGUUCAUUCACCCGGAGGUGGAAAUACGAGUUUUUACUCCUGGGGCGCGUGUGUAUGCAGAGAUUUGCAGAGGGACGGGGACACAGCCAUUGAAUUUACCCGUACGGCCGGGGCAGAGGCGCUGCCCCAUCCAGGCUGUAGCCAUAGUUUGAAAUCAUUGUCCGGUACUCCGGCUGUACAGUAUACAGUAAUGUGCUGCGAGUUGGCACAGGGAGCGUUGUUUGUUGAUGUGCAAUGAUUGCUCCUCCGGUAUCGUAUCGCGUUGCAGCGGCAAAUCAUGCGCUUUAUUUAUGCUAUACGUUUGGACGAGAA